UCUGUAAUACAUGUUCGGUAUAUCCAUAAUGCACAUUAACCACAUGCUAGUUAACAUGUAAAAACAUUAAUUGGCGUAAAAAGUUCAUUCUCAAUUUAUAAAAUUAAGGGAUAAAUUAAAUCGAAUUGAGACUCUACUCACCAAAUUAAUGCUCUAUUUUAAAAUAAUUAUUGCCAAGGAAUCACUCAAUCCAAACAGGUUGGUUCGAAGAAUGUACUUCCAAUAUGUAAAUCCAAAUAGGUUGCUGUCCCUCGUUCCUUUUCUUUCAAGAGUUCAAGAAUUUACGUGAGAGAGGGAUCAACACUUUGUUAACUAUCUUACCUAAUGUCGGUAUCUGCAUGAAAAUGCACAUAUAUAUAAUGCCUCUUCCACAAACAUUGCUUUACAUUUCCAACUGUUUUGCUUGAUAUUAUCGUUGCUUCUUUUAUAUUCCCCCAAUCUCCAAUAACACUUCUCUCUCAGUUCUCUGCUUCCAUGGAGAUAGAACCAACCUUUAGUGCUUCACCUAAUUUCCAAUUACCUCCUGGUUUCAGAUUCCAUCCAUCUGAUGAAGAACUCAUUGUUCACUACCUGCAAAGAAAAGUCACUUCACGGCCACUUCCAGCACACUUGAUCACAGAAAUCGAUCUCUAUAAGUAUAAUCCAUGGGAGCUACCUAAGAUGGCUUUGUUUGGGGAAGAUGAAUGGUAUUUCUUUAGCCCGAGGGAGAGGAAGUAUCCCAACGGGGAGAGGCCUAAUAGAGCAGCAGCUUCAGGUUACUGGAAAGCUGCUGGAAGUGACAAGCCAAUUCUCACCUCUUGUGGAAUAUCGAAGCGCAUAGGAGUCAAGAAGGCUUUGGUCUUUUACACUGGUCGAGCUCCAACAGGAAUUAAAACUGAAUGGAUCAUGGUCGAGUAUAGACUGCUCGACAAUACAACUAAACCCUCAAGGUCAAAAGGGUCUAUGAGAUUGGAUGAUUGGGUACUAUGUCGGGUUCAACAGAAAGGAAACACAUCAAAGAAUACAUGUAACAGUCAAGGCUCUAGCCCUGAAUAUUGGAGUUGCCUACAGAGAGUUGAGCAGACACAGCAUGCAUCUGCCGACCUUAAUACUGAGAUGACCAAUGAUUUCCUUUACAAAGACUGUACACUAUUAGCUUCCAUCCUUGCUGGUCAAGCUCCACCUAUUUCAAGUGUUAGCUUCCAAAGGACCAACGAUGGCUAUGAAGUUGGUACUAAUUAUAAGGUAAACUCCACGAUAUCCAUUUCUACUCCGGGGAUUAUUUCCGACACACUAAAAAGGAAAAGUACAGAAGAAAUUACAAAAGAAAAUCCCUUUCGACUCGACAACAAUCUAGCCAGCAAAAACAGUGAUGAGGAUCUUCUUCCUAGCAAGAGCCUGGAAGAAAACUAUGUCAACAGCUACAACCACAAUCACUCUCAAAAUAAUAUUCUCGAAGCUAAUCCAAUAGAUACCACUGACUAUGAAGAACUCAAUGAAAUGGCCAUCCUUGGUAGGUACUUUGCAGGAAUCUGAGUGUCUUCACUAAAAGACAGCAGGCGAAUUAUCAGGCUGUACAGCAUCAAAUGUAAUCAAGGUGUAUAGUACAUGGAUCGGCGUCCAAGACUGGACAAUGAAUAUAAGCAGAAGUAGUAAUUUAUAGUUUGGUAACUCUAUUUGUGUGGAGCAGGUUCUCCUGGUUGUUUAUAUUUGCUAUUGUCUUCAGUCUUCGUAACACUAAAAUAAUCAAUAGUCUCAUAGCUAGACAUGCAUAAAAGUUGGCUUGACCAUGGUUUGAACUAGAAAGACAAUGCAUAAUGAUUUUUAAUAAUGUAAUGAUAUAAGAAUCGCAAUUAUUCCUCAA